AUGAUAGUAAAUAAUUACAAAAAGCCCAAAAGAGUAUGCUUUAGUGUAUAUUAUAAUAAAGGAUUUUUCUAUGGUAAAAGGUACAAUUAUAAUGGUUAUAAUAGAUAUAAGAAUUAUUAUAACUAUUAUAAAUUACAAAAUUACAAAAAAAAUAAUCAUUACGAGCUAUAUAACAAGAGAAAAGAAACAUUCAGAAAGACUGGUUUAUUAAAAGGAAACUUUAAAAAAUCUAAAUUAGAAAUUGAAAAUAAAAAUAUAGAAACACAAGAAAAGAAAAAGGGAAUGAAUAAAAAAAAAUGUAUUAUAAAAAUACUUAAAAGGCCAACGGAAAUAAUGAAAAAUGAAGAAACAAUAAAUAAUGUGUGUGAUGAGAAAAAAGAAGAAAAUAAAGAAACCAAAGAAAAAAAAAAAAAAAACAAAAAAACAAAAACGGAAAAAAGCACAUCUGUAAAAAAAUCAAAAGAAGGCUUUAAAUUUUCUUCAACACAAGAACUUUUUAAUUUAUUAUUGAAAGAUGUUAAAGAAAAUUCUAUUGAAGAAAUAAUAUCAUCUAAUAAAGAGAUAGAAGAUAAAGAAAUUGAAAAUCAAAGGGAAUAUACAAAUAAGAGAAAUAAGAAUAUUAAAAUAGAUAAUACAAAAAAAGCAAAUAUUAUUAAUGAAUUAAAAGUGAUAGAAGAAAAAAAUAAUAUUAAAGACAAUUAUGAAAUUAAAAAAGACAUCAGAGAAAAUAAUUUUACUAGUGAUAAUGAAAAAUUUUUUUUAGAAUAUAUAAAUAAUGAAAAUGAUAAUAAUAAUAAUAAUGAAGAAAACACUACAAAAAAUUUUUACAUUUCAGUAAUUAAAAAUAUAAAUAAAAGAUACGAAAAUGAUUCCCUUUUAUUAAAUGACAAAAGUAACAAGAAUAAUUUUCCUAAUAAUAUAAACUUAGAAAAUAACAGUAAUAAAUCCGUAAAAAUGAUAAAAAAUUCUGAAAAAAAUUAUUAUAAUAAAAUACAUGACAAUUAUUUGAAACCUGUACCUUCGAAGUCAUUAUAUUCCUUAUCUUAUCCUAAUCUUUUAAAUCAUACAUCAAAAGAAGAAUUGUGUAAGAAUAAUAGUUUAAAAUAUGAAGAAACAAAAAAAUCAAAAAAAGAAGAGGAUGCAAAUUUAUUUGUAAUUCCAUUAUACAUGAGAUCACCAAAGCCUGAACAAAUUCCAAUACCAAUUUAUUUAUCAGAGGAUGGUGAUAAAAAUGCAAGUAAGGAAGAAAUUAAUUUAAAAGAUAAAGAAAAAAAUGAUAAAAAUAAAAGUAAUAUUGAUAUUAAUGUAAGGGAAAAUAUUAGUAAUGUAUAUAAAGAUAAGAUAACAAAUACAUAUAAUGGGAAAACAAGAAAUUGUACAAGAAAUUUAAAAGAAAUUCCAUAUGUAAACAUGAAUAAAGAAAAUUCUUUAAAUAUUCCAAAAAAUAUUACUGAGAAAAAAAAGAAAAAAACAUAUUUGAAUAGAAAUUUUGUUACUUUCAAUUUAGAGCAAAAAUCCAAAUUAAACUAUGAUUCUAUGAACUUCAAUAUGGGAAAUAUGAAAAAAAAUAAUCAAUUAUAUAACUCACAUUCCUAUAUGAAAACAUCAGGUUAUAAUGGGUAUAAUCAAAACAAGAAUGGAAAAAACUUUAAAGUAGAUAAAUUUUUUUAUAACAAGAAAUAUAAGGUUAAAACCAAUUUUAAUGAUAAUCAAAAAAAUAAAAAUUUUCAUUUUUUAAAAGAUGUAAAAAUUGCUGUAUAUUAA